CAAAGUGGCCGGCUUUCUCCUCCCGGGGCCGGCAUGCUGCUCUCGAGGAGGCUGGUGCUGCCGGGGGUCUUCUUCGGCGCCCUCUUCCUCUCGUGCGGGCUGGCUUGCGGGCCAGGCCGGGGCUUCGGCAAGCGGCGGCACCCCAAGAAGCUGACCCCGCUGGCCUACAAGCAGUUCAUCCCCAACGUGGCCGAGAAGACGCUGGGCGCCAGCGGCAGGUACGAGGGCAAGAUCAGCCGCAGCUCGGAGCGCUUCAAGGAGCUCACCCCCAACUACAACCCGGACAUUAUCUUCAAGGAUGAGGAGAACACCGGAGCCGACCGCCUCAUGACUCAGCGCUGCAAAGACAAGCUGAACGCCCUGGCGAUCUCGGUGAUGAACCAGUGGCCCGGGGUGAAGCUGCGCGUGACCGAGGGCUGGGACGAGGACGGCCACCACUCCGAGGAGUCGCUCCACUACGAGGGCCGCGCCGUCGACAUCACCACCUCGGACCGGGACCGCAGCAAGUACGGCAUGCUGGCCCGCUUGGCCGUGGAGGCCGGCUUCGACUGGGUCUACUACGAGUCCAAGGCGCACAUCCACUGCUCCGUCAAAGCCGAGAACUCCGUAGCUGCCAAAUCAGGUGGCUGCUUCCCUGGAUCCGCUGUGGUGAAUCUGGAACAAGGGGGCACCAAGUUGGUGAAGGACCUCAGCCCCGGUGACCGGGUGUUGGCAGCAGAUGGGCAGGGGCAACUGCUUUACAGUGAAUUCCUCACUUUCCUGGACCAAGAGGAGCCCCCCCUUCACAGGGUCUUCUACGUCAUUGAGACCCAGAAGCCCCGGACACGUCUCUUGCUCACGGCUGCCCACCUCCUCUUCGUGGCCCCACAGCAGAACCAUUCCCAACCCCAGCCCAUUUUUGCCAGCCGUGUGCGGCCAGGACAUCACGUAUAUGUGUUGGGCAAAGGGGGUCAGACGCUGCUCAAGGCUGCAGUGUGCCGGGUGUCCCUGCAGGAAGAGGCAUCGGGGGCUUACGCCCCGCUUACUGCUCAGGGCACCAUCCUCAUCAACCAGGUGCUGGCUUCCUGUUAUGCCGUCAUCGAAGAGCAUAGCUGGGCCCACUGGGCAUUUGCUCCUUUCCGAGUAGCCCAUACCCUCCUGGAGAUGCUGUCCCCCAGCAGCCGUUCUUAUCCUGGCCUUUCUCCAUCAGCUGCACCCAGUGAGGCCACUGCUGGUGUUCACUGGUAUUCCCGCCUCCUCUACCACAUUGGCCGCUGGGUAUUGGAUUCUGACAUGUUGCACCCUCUGGGCAUGGCCAGCUGAGGGGGGGGGGGACAACAGUUCUCUGAACACUCCACCUUUCUCCACCAUAAAAAUAAAAUAUUACAAAUGAGGGGGGGAAAGCUA